AUGGGUGAGGCUUGCAAGGUCAUGGAAGAAUUGUUCAGUUUGCCAGUGGAUGAGAUCUCAAAUGAUGCUAAUGAAAAUGGUUGGGUGUAUAUGGGCAGCACAAGUUUUGCCACAAAAUUAGGUGCCCAUUUGUGGAGAGACAACCUCAAACACACAUGCCACCCUUUGGAACAAUCCAUGCAAAAUUGGCCUCAAAAUCCUAAACGAUACAGAGAUGUUAUGGGGGUAUACAUAGUGGAAAUAAGAAGAUUGAGUUUGAGAAUCUUGGAGUUGAUUUCUCAAGGAUUAGGGCUCGAAAAAGGGUACCUUGAAGAAAUGAGUCGAGUCCAAUUUUUGACGGCGAGCAACUACCCAGCCUGCCCUGACCCGAGUUUGACCUUAGGGAUUCUCAAGCACUUUGACCAUAGCCUCAUAACAAUCUUGUUCCAAGGGAGUUGUGGUGGGCUUCAAGUGUUGAAGGGUGACAAGUGGAUUGGUGUUGAGGUUGUUCCUAAUGCCUUUGUUGUUAACAUUGGCACCCAAAUUGAGAUUAUAAGUAAUGGGAAGUUGAGAAGUGCACAACAUAGAGUAGUGACAAGUAAAGAAGGUUCAAGGACAAGCAUUGCAAGUUUCAUUAAUCCAAGCCCAGAUUGCAUAAUUGAACCAGCUAAAGUUUUGGUGAAUGAGUCAAAUCCUCCUCUUUAUCAGCCUACCACAUUUAAGGAUUUUGUCAAGGCUUUCAAGCCCUUUGGCCCUUUCACUAAUCUUGUUCAACAUGAUUCGAGGGCGAAUCCUCUCCACCCGGGAGAGAAUGAUGCCGACGAGAUUGCAUUAGCAUAUCUCGACAAAUAUGAUCCACUUCGGCCUUUAUUGUGA